UUCUCCUCAGGAAAUUCCUACAAAUUUAGAGUGGAGCCCCAGGAGCACCAUGGCAGUUCUUGGCAUCACCAUUGCCUUGCUGGUCUGGAUCGCCACCCUCCUCCUCAUAUCCAUCUGGAAACAGAUCUAUAGAAGUUGGAACCUGCCCCCGGGACCUUUCCCAGUUCCUUUCUUUGGAAAUAUUUUUCAGCUGAGUUUGAAGGAUAUCCCCAAGUCUUUCUCCAAGUUGGCAAAGCGCUAUGGACCAGUAUUCACACUGCACCUGGGUCCGAAGCGCAUCGUGGUCCUACAUGGCUACAAGGCUGUCAAGGAGGUGCUACUGAACCACAAGAAUGAGUUCUCUGGCCGAGGGGACAUUCCUGUGUUCCAGGAGUACAAGAACAAGGGGAUUAUUUUCAAUAAUGGACCCACAUGGAAGGAUGUGCGGAGGUUUUCCCUAAGCAUCCUCCGUGACUGGGGAAUGGGGAAACAGGGUAAUGAGGCCCGCAUCCAAAGAGAGGCACAUUUCCUGGUGGAGGAGCUCAAAAAGACCAAAGGCCAGCCUUUUGACCCCACCUAUCUGAUUGGCUGUGCACCCUGCAAUGUCAUUGCGGAUAUCCUCUUCAACAAACGCUUCGAUUACAAUGACAAGAAGUGUCUGGAACUCAUGAGUUUCUUCAAUGAAAACUUCUACCUGCUGAGUACUCCCUGGAUCCAGGCUUACAAUUACUUUUCGGAUUAUCUACAAUACCUACCUGGAAGCCACAGAAAAAUCAUGAAAAAUGUGUCUGAAAUAAGACAGUACACACUUGAAAAAGCCAAGGAACACCUUCAGUCACUGGACAUCAACUGUGCCCGGGAUGUGACUGACUGUCUCCUCAUAGAGAUGGAGAAGGAAAAACACAGCCAAGAACCCAUGUACACAAUGGAAAAUAUUUCUGUGACUUUGGCCGACCUGUUCUUUGCAGGCACAGAGACCACCAGCACAACUCUGAGAUAUGGGCUCCUGAUUCUCAUGAAAUACCCAGAAAUUGAAGAGAAACUUCAUGAAGAAAUUGACAGGGUUAUUGGGCCAAGCCGUGCCCCUGCUGUCAGAGACAGAAUGAAUAUGCCCUACAUGGAUGCUGUGGUGCAUGAGAUCCAGAGAUUCAUCAAUCUUGUCCCUUCCAACCUACCCCAUGAAGCAACCCGAGACACAGUGUUCCGAGGAUACGUCAUCCCCAAGGGUACAGUUGUAAUUCCAACUCUGGACUCCCUUUUAUAUGACAACUACGAGUUUCCAGAUCCAGAGAAGUUUAAACCUGAGCAUUUUCUGAAUGAAAAUGGGAAGUUCAAGUACAGUGACUAUUUCAAGGCAUUUUCUGCAGGAAAGCGUGUGUGUGUUGGAGAAGGCCUGGCCCGCAUGGAACUGUUUCUGCUUUUGUCUGCUAUUCUGCAGCAUUUUAAUCUGAAGUCUCUGGUUGACCCUAAGGAUAUCGACCUCAGUCCUGUUACAAUUGGCUUUGGCAGUAUCCCACGCGAAUUUAAACUCUGUGUCAUUCCUCGUUCUUGAGAUCUGGAAACUGCCUGACACUGCUGCCCAUCAUUAUCCCUUAAAAAAUGACUGUUUAAAAAAUUCCAAGCGUAUGGAGUUCCUAUCAUAAAAUGAAACAGGAAAGAAUAUUGAUGAACUA